AUGGAGAUUGGAAGGGGCAAGGGGGUUGUGCUAACAUGCUGUCCCCAGCAUACUCCAGUUGUCACUCGUCUCCCGUUUGCGAAAGACUCUGACGGUCGGCCGUUUGCGAGGAAAUCUGGUCACCAUUCUGCUAUAACCAUGCAGCCUGUGAUCCUAUAUGUGUUGUUAAUGGUAUUUACGAGUGUUUUGGGAGACGGAGAAACAGAACUGCGUGCCUAUCUCUUCAGAAAUUACGACAAGACAGCUUUACCCAACGCUAAGACUGUGGUUACUAUUAGUUCAUUUAGAAUUUUGGACUUCUAUCUGGGUGAGAGUGACCAUGUCGCAACUGUCCUUUGUUGGUUUGGAUACAGUUGGAAGGACCCGAGACUGCAGUGGAAGAAAGAGGAUUAUAAGUCCGUUGACAGACUGGCUUUCGACCCCGAUGCUAUAUGGAGGCCCGAUCUCUCGCUUUAUAAUGGCGCAAGUGAAAUGCAUUUGCCAGAGAGUAAUCUGCCGGUACUAGUGUACUCAAGCGGUGAAACUAUCCACGUACCUGCAUAUACUUUGCAUUUUUACUGUGUAACGGACAUGACCUACUGGCCACACGAUUCUCACACCUGUACCAUCAAAUUUGGGUCUUGGGUACACCACGGACAUCUUAUCGAUAUACAGACUAAUGGCACGGAACCAGAGCUGAUGCUUGGAGAGAGGACCUUGGACAGCGGCAAAGUCAUCACGAAGACGACCUGGUCCCUGUCGGAGAUGACGUUAAAGAGAGAAGAAAAUUUUUAUGACUGUUGUCCCGAACCUUACGUUAGCGUCACCAUAACGUUGCUGGCUACGAGGGACGCGCCGGCCUUUGCCUGGGUUAUUAAGAUCCCUGUUAUAUGCAUGAGCUUCCUGACGCUGGUGGUGUUCCUGCUCCCUCCUGCCGCAGGAGAGAAGAUCGUCUUCGGGGGCCUCUGCCUCGUCCUCAACAUCCUGUUCCUCGAUUACUCGGCCAACGUCAUCGGACACGCCCCCUCGCACACGCCCCUUAUCGUCCAGAUGGUGUGUCAGCAGAUGGUGUUGGUGAUGCUCAGCGUUGUGGUGUCAAGCCUCGUUAUCAGGAUGGCGAGAGGACCUCACUCGUCUGGCCUCCCAAACAUCUUAAAGAGGCCAGCGCUCCUUCUGUCCUCGUGCCUUUGUCUGGGGAGCUACAGUGACCUCGCCUCCAAGUCGAGCCACAGCCUCGGCAGCUCUCGACGCAAGCCCGACGAGCUGGAGCUGGGCGAGGACGGGGGCUCCGAGAUCCGCCGUCGGGAAAACGGCGACGCCUGCGAGUGGCUCCUCCUCGCCGCCGUCGUGGACCGCUUGGCCCUCCUGCUCUACGCCGCCGUCUGCGUCAUCAGCCUCAUUCGCUUCAGCAGCGUCCUGUAGCGGCGAUACGUCUCGAUUCCUUCACAGCCGCGUCCUUUUAAAAACGACACGUUUUGAUUUCGAGGCAGAAUGGCGAAUAUGCUUUAGUUACCCUUAGUAUUUCCCGUUUUCUAUGCUGUUCGUCUUUUUUUUUCAUCUUUUCUCUUUCUUUUUGUAUAGUUAAUUCAUGUAAGUAUCUGAAAAACCUGCUUUCCUUGAGAGAAAAAAAAGGCGUAUGGAUCAUCUUGUACACGACCUUCUCUUGAUGUGUUUGAUGGAUAGUUAUUGACAAACUGCUACAGAUUAAACCAGACCCAGAAA